AAACAAACCCGUUUCUUCUCCAAUCCAACAAAGCAAGCCAUUAACCAUAGAAAAAGCGUAGAAUAUUGUAGAAACUCUUCAAAGCACCUUCACGGUUUCACAUUCAACAUAUGCUAAUAAUCCUUACCAAACAACAAAAUUUUUAAUUUUUACCCCUAAUUUAGAUCCUUCUAUUCAGAUUCCACAACAAAUAUCUCUUCUCUUCUCUUUCCAUAAGAGAAACUCUCACAAAAAACUCUCAACACAGUUUAAAUUAUUAUUAUUAACAUUACUAGCUUAAUCGAUUCAGAACAAUAUGGCUAGGCCUAAUCAAGAUGCAAUCGACACAUUUAUGAGCAUCACCGGCGUCACCGAAGCUGUUGCGGUGCAGACACUCGAGGAGCAUCAUGGUGACCUCAAUGCAGCUGUCAAUGCACAUUUCAGUGAAGGAGAUAGAAGCACUGCACAUGGAACUUCCGUUGUUGCUCCUCAAGACGAUCUUAUGGAUGUAGAUGAUCCAGCUGAAGUUGCACCUAGGAGAAAUCCUCUGUCACUUCUAUCUGAGGCUAGUACAAUGAACCCGUUUUCAAUUCUUGAUUCACACUUCCAUAGAAGUCUAUUUGAUGGUGGUUCUGAUUUUAUGAACCGUGCACCAUUUGUUUCACAACCAAGAGAGAGGAGAGAGAUACCUAUAGAGGUUAAGGAUGGUAGUGAUUCAACUAGCCGUUCCGGUCAUGCACCUAUCAUUGAGGAUGUAACUGGAACUGAACAUGCAUCUGGCCCUGAUAUUCGUGGGACUGUCAUAGUUGAUGAUGAUGAUGAUAUUCCAACUAGCCUAAUCGGAAAGGCUACAUCACGGACUGAUCAAAGAGGUGAUGUUUCUGGUGAUGGUGCUCAUGAUAGACAUGCUAGACCUAGUGCUCCUGAAUUUAAUGAUUUGCCAGACUAUGGCAAUGACAUAGAAGAAGAAAUGAUUCGGGCAGCUAUAGAGGCUUCAAAGAAGGACGCUGAGGCAGCAGAACAAGAGAAAGCAUUACGGGAGCAGGGGGGAAAAGUUGGAGCAUCGGAAAUGGGAGUUUCUAAAACAGAUGAGGUGGAAUUGGGGCCAAUAGCAACCUCAAAUGGAAGGUUGAGGUCAGGAAGGUUGUCUAUUCAGGAUGAAACUGAAGAUGUGGAGGAACAGCCUCUUGUUAGGCAUAGAUCAAGACGUACAUCUUCUGGCUCAGUGGAAUCUGCCAGAGAUGUUGGAGUGGAGGCUAGUCCACCAUCCAGUCCUGGACAAAAUAAUACAAGCAGUCAUCCACAGCACAAUGGAAAUUCCUUUCAUUCUGAUGAGUGGGGAGGCAUCUCUUCUCUAGAGCAUGAUGAGGCCGUCAUGCUUGAGGCUGCAAUGUUUGGUGGAAUUCCUGAAGGGACUGGAUAUCGCUUUGCUUACGCCCCUCACCAAUUCAUGCAAGCUGAAGGGCCUUAUUCUCAGCAGAUACCUCGUCCUCCGUCACCAUCCUUGCAAGCUCAGCGAUUGAUCCGUGAACAGCAGGAUGAUGAGUAUCUUGCGGCAUUGGCAGCAGACAGAGAAAAGGAGAUGAAGGCAUUGGAGGAAGCUGAAGCUCGUCGUCUAGAAGAAGAACUUGCUAGGAGAGCUGCUCUUGAAGAAGAGAGGCAAAAAGAGGAAGAAUCUCGCAGGAAAUUGGAGGAAGCACAGGAAUUUGAAAGACAAUUGGCUGCAAAAGAAGCUUCUCUGCCGCAGGAACCAGCAUCAGAUAAUGAGAAUGCUGUAACACUUUUGGUAAGGAUGCCUGAUGGCACCCGGCGUGGCCGCCGGUUUCUCAAGUCUGACAACUUAAGGUCUCUUUUCGACUUUAUAGAUAUUGGUAGGGCAGUCAAGCCUGGCACUUACAAACUGGUAAGACCCUAUCCGAGGCGUGCUUUCAGCGAUGGAGAGAGUGCAUUGACACUGAAUGAACUCGGCUUGACUAGCAAACAGGAGGCCUUGUUUCUGGAGUUGAUCUAACAAUGACAGAUGUUUUAGGAAUUGUAGAAAAUUACCCCUUGGAAGAUUUACUUUCAUUAAAAUAUGUGGUAAUACAUCAUAUUGGGGGGUUUUAUUUGGGUCUGUGCUGUUUGGACAAAUUGCAUGGCAUUUGGGUAGAUGAACACGUACAUUUCGACUUGAGGGGCAGUGCAAUUGUGGUUGGAAUUUGUUUCAUGGGGUGCUUAAUAGUUCAUGAGAAAUACUUCUGUACAUAUUUAGUAAUUUAUGAUAUAUUAAGAUGUUGGAUAGGGCUUCGUCUCUUCGAAUGUUGUCUUGUAAGAGUGGUAUUAUGGUUAUGGGGCUUUCUGUGCUCGCAAACGAGAUCUUUUGUUUUUAUUUUU